AUGGGUCAUAAAAUCCCUUCCAAAUGGGUCAUAAACGACCAAAAAAAAAACCUUGACCCAUUUGGAAGGAGCCACCUCCGGGUGUUCAGCUUUCCCAAGAUCUCCGCCCGAGGUCGCAAUCUACAGCUGGACAUCAUCUUUCGCCAGUCGGGGAAGUCCACUGAAAAACCACACGACUGGACCUUGCGGACCUGUCUUAGGGAUUUUACCAGCUUCAACAACAGGGAGCCGAAGCAAAUUUACUUCGCUUCUUCCGCUCCAGAUGCAUGCCAAGUGCAUUUGCAGAAUCUGGUGGCCAGCGAGGAAGCCUGUGGCACAGCGCCCAUUGGCACGACUCCCUCCUGGGUUAAAAUGAAGGAACAGUGCGGGGAGGCCACCAACGACGGUCCCAUCAUCUUCGAAGGCACUGCUGAGGCCCUGGUCGUCGGUGAGACGCAGCGCCGAUCUUCGCGGAGCACAGAGUUUUGGCAUCACAUGGUCUUCGACAUGGUGCACGGGCGCGCUUCUCCCAGUGGAGUCUUGGAGAAGACACAGGGGGAAUUCUGGAUGUCCAAACGGGCGAUGAACAUGCAGCCUUUGUACAUCUACUGUAAGCUGACAGUGGCCCAAGCCACGGUCAGUUGCAUCAGCCUGAGAUUUAGCUGUCAGAAGGACUACCUUGAUAUGUUGCAGAACACGCCGACGACCUUGCAGUUCAAGUACCCUCACAUCCCCAGUCGCGGUGUCAUCAUGGGCGUCGAGCAGGAUCCCAGAAACCCGCGGCUCAUCCGAAUGUUCAUCGAAUAUCACAAUGAGAUCCUUGAGGACAUGAUCUUGUGUGAAAUCGACCCUGCACAGGCUCACAAGAUAUUUGUCCAGCAGGAGAUUUGGGAUACAAUUACCGUUCUGGGCUACCGGGUCGUCGUCCUGCAUCCGGAUGGAGAACUUCUCGGGGAACUGUCGAUAAGGAACCAGAGGUUGGAGGAAAUUGACCACACACCCUCGAGGUCCUUGCAGUUCUUUGAAGAGCCCUCCUGGAGAUUUCCCAUUGCACCAAUGGCUAGCAGAAUGGCCACGAGCGCCGGCAGCCGCUUGUUUCUGUACACUGGAGUUCCCUUCAAGGAGUCGACCGCUGAAGCGCAGCAGUCGGGGCCGCAGUCCCAGGGUGGCAUGCUGCAAAAACCUGGCCUGAAGGAGCCUCCUGUUGUUUGGACGCAUCCCUUGGUCGAGUCUGUUGCAGUCGUUAGCGACUGGUCGGGCAACCGGGGCUACCCAUAGAUCGAUGCAAAGGUCAUCAGUGGUUCUGCCCAUGAUGCCCUUGCCAAUGCUGUCCUAUGCCGAUUGAAGUUGCAAGCUGGCUCCUAUUUUCGUCGCUUGGUAGGAUGAACAUAAUUUUAAAACCCUGCCAGCGAAAAAACGAAGGAUUCAGCGUCGAUUCAGAGCAAUGUUUUCCCGCUCUUAUCCUACUGAACAUCAGCCAGAGCUCCUGUCCUUCAAAGAAAGGCAUGGCGUCUCGGCACAUUGGAACCAGAGCCAGAUC